AUGGAAGUCUUCGGCGGAACGGCCUCGGCGAUUGCCAUUUACAACCAGCUAGACGCAUGUAUUCGAGGUCUUCUUCGACUAUACAAAACCUUUCAAUUCGCCGAGCAAGAGAUAGGACAGCUCAUUGACGAGGUAUCUGCUUGUCAAAGUCUCUCUGCUAUAUUCAAUGAUGUCACUCGUCCGCUGACAGGCCGAGUUAUUAAUUUGGCUAUCGAGAAGAAGCUGGAUAAAACGCUAGAGUCUCAGGCCGCUUCGGCUCGGAAGCAGAUUGGUCACAUUAUGAAGAAGCUAAAGCCUCUCAUGAAAGGGAGCAUUUCCAAUCGAUUUGAUAAAUUCAUGGCAAAGAUAUGGUGGCAUUACACCAGAGAGGAGACACAGGCUUUACUUGCCACAUUGGGCUGUGUGAAGCUUAGUCUUUCCGUAUUUACCUCUCUUUUGGCAUUGGAUUUUUCUCUCGUGGAAUCGAAACAAUCAUCAGCAACAAGUCAGCAGCAUCAUGAAGCGCUUCUCAUUCAGAUAAAGCGUUUGAAGAAAAUGGUUGAACGCCAGACUAAGUCCUUACGAAAUAUGACGAGCAGAAUGAUCCCAUUGAAAGACAACACAUAUGAGCCCAACUGGAUUUUCAACGCGAACUCGAUAGUCAUCAUAAUUGGUCAAAUUCAAAAAGAGCCUAUCGCUGAGGCACGGACAUUUAUUGACCAUGAAUUGCUCAAUCCACGGGUUCUGACAUCAACACCAGGGAGCACCGAUCCUUCCGAGCGAAUCACGGUCCAAUUCAACAAGUCGUUUACCCAUCGUACUUCCAUCAGCAGAGAGUCCAGAGCCACCAACCCAGACAGAUGA